GACUGUCAUAUGAUCGAAUUUUCACGAGAUUAUUGGGUUAGGACCAAAAGUCAUUAAAAUUUUACUAAAACUUAAUAAUAAUUUCACUCUAAUAAAUAAAUAAUAACAUAAUUAAAAUGUUAAAAUUAAUUUUAUUAACUCUGUGUACACUAGCAUCCGUUUACGGUGAUGGAGAUUUUGUAAUAUUACACAGUCCAGAAACAGUUCACUUCAAAGGCGCGGAUCAAAUAAAUCAGACUCUCUUGAAGGAAGUAUUUACAGGUGUCUUAGGAUACACUGUUAAAAAAUACGAUAAUUGGCAAGGAGUUGAGAUAACAGAUCCAUUCAAUCCACCUGAAGCAGUAGUCAGCAUAGCAAUUGAUGGUGUUGAGUCUCUAGAUUCACCACGUGGCAAACGAUUUCCAUUGAUCGUCGACGAGGUUGAAGAGACGACUUGGCAAGCAGUAAGUCGUCGUCUUGGAGAACGGGAUAAUAACAAUACUUUAGUAAGAAUUUGCGUCGGAGAUGGUGUAAAUGCUCUGGGGCAAUCAGCGCUAGGAGAAUUGAAGCCAAAUACCAUUGACGAGUCUACAAUUAAAUUCUUGGAUCUAAAACUAGAUGAGGACCGUAAAUUUAUUGAAGAAAUUCAACUCCUCCGUGCUAUCGCUCAAAAAGUUCCCUCAACUGUCAUCGCAAAUUCAAAACCUGAUAUUUACUGGCUGGUAGUGUCCGGUCUCCAACCGGUGAUUGAAUUGCAUGGAAAAACUUCUCGGGCUGCUCAAGAAGCUUUAAAUUUAUUAAACAGCGUCCUCGAUGACGUAUCAAACGCUUUUAUUGACGUCUACAACGGUAAUGUUGUAAUUGCUGUCUUUACAAAUGAUGCUAACAAAGUUAGAAAUACCAGAUCGAUUGAUAAUUUACGAGUCCGUCGUGCAGAGCCGGUAACUGAUAGCUCAGCAAGUUCAGAAAAACCUAGAGAUUCUACUUCAUCUUCAUCAGCUCCCAUAUCGUUGAAAGACGUAAAUCUGGCUAAAAAAUACACAGCCAACUAUCCUGUUAUCUUCAAUAUUUUUCUCUGGUUCAGUGUCAUCUUUGUCUUUUCUCUCAUUGCCAUUUGCAUUGCGAUCGCGGAUAUGGAUCCCGGGCGCGAUUCAAUAAUUUACAGAAUGACUUCCAACAGAAUGAAGAAGGAUAAUUAAUCAUACAUAAGAUUACUAUUUAAAGCUAUUAAGUAAAUAUUUAACAAGAUAAAUUGUUCGUUAUCAUUUGAAAUACGUUUUAAGACGUUAAAGAAUUAGAUAAACUUAUUUUUAAUUAUAAUUCCACUGUAUGUUGAGUGAUUUGUGCGUGCUAGACCAGAGUAUCUUGUAUAAUAAUUGUAUAAUUAUGCUCUAGCAAUGUACCUAAUCCAGUAUUUAUCAACGGUAUAUACAUACACACAAUUGUAAAAAACAAAAUAAUUAUCAUUAUAAGUUGUAUAAAAUAUUAAUAACCGUGAAUUUAUUCAAAUAGAUUUUAUUGUAAUAGAUAUUCAAGGAUUUAAAAAUAUAAAUAUAUAUAAUAAUAGUUUUAAAAUAA